GGAGCCCCCACCCUCAACAACACCCCCCCUCACCCCGAACAACAGCUGGCGGCGGAGAGAGAGAGAUAGAGAGAGAGCGGGGCUGAGUCUCGGGGCGGCCUGUCUGAGCCGAGCUCCUCAUCAUAAAAACAACACGUUGUUUUGUCAUCAUGGCUACAGAAGAAGCAGGGUCCCCAUCAAAAUCUUUGUGCAAAAUCAUGACCUUCCACCCCACAAUGGAGGAUUUUAAGAAUUUUUCUAAGUAUGUUGCAUAUAUGGAGUCUCAGGGUGCACACAGAGCAGGUCUUGCAAAGGUGAUUCCACCAAAAGAUUGGAAACCUAGAAGAAAUUACGACAACAUCGAUGACUUGGUUAUUCCUGCUCCAAUUCAACAAAUGGUUACGGGACAGUCGGGUCUUUUUACCCAGUACAACAUACAGAAAAAACCGUUGACAGUAAAAGAGUUUAGAAAACUGGCCAAUAAUGAUAACAGAUACUGCACUCCACGAUACCUAGAUUAUGAAGAUCUUGAACGUAAAUACUGGAAAAAUUUGACCUUUGUAGCGCCAAUCUAUGGAGCCGAUGUCAGUGGCAGCCUCUAUGAUGAGGAUGUCGAUGAGUGGAAUAUUAGUCGUCUGAAUACAAUUUUAGAUGUGGUGGCUGAAGAAAGUGGGAUUGCUAUUGAAGGUGUGAACACACCGUAUUUGUAUUUCGGUAUGUGGAAAACUACUUUUGCUUGGCACACGGAAGAUAUGGAUCUGUACAGCAUUAACUACCUACAUUUUGGAGAGCCAAAGUCUUGGUAUGCAGUGCCUCCAGAACAUGGGAAAAGGCUGGAACGUCUUGCACAAGGAUUCUUUCCAAGUAGUUCACAAGGAUGUGAUGCUUUCCUACGUCACAAGAUGACCCUUAUAUCUCCAUCAAUAUUAAAGAAGUAUGGGAUUCCUUUUGACAAGGUAACUCAAGAAGCAGGACAAUUCAUGAUCACCUUUCCAUAUGGCUACCAUGCUGGCUUCAAUCAUGGAUUCAAUUGUGCUGAGUCAACAAACUUUGCUACCAUUCGAUGGCUUGAUUAUGGAAAAAUUGCUAAACAAUGCACUUGUCGGAAAGACAUGGUCAAGAUAUCCAUGGACAUCUUCAUAGAAAAAUUUCAACCAAGUAGAUAUACACUCUGGAAACAAGGAAAGGAUGUUCAAACCAUUGAUCACACAAAACCCACUCCAGAAUCAACUCCCGAACUGGAGCUUUGGCAGAAGCAAAGAAAAGUAACUCCGAGGAAAUCUGGAAUGUCUGUGAAAAGUGUCUAUCAGUUCAGAACUCGGUCUAAGAAGAUAAAAUCUCUGGAUGAUGAAAAAAUAUUCAGUGAUUCUGUGGCCAAAGAAACAACUGCAGCAGAACCACUUACAGAUGGUAUCAAUAUUGAUGAAAACUCUAAUGGGGAAGUGAAGAAACAAGAGUCUGGCCAUGCAACAGUAAUAAGUCCUGAAGAAGAAAGUAUUAAAGAAACACAGCUGGAUCAGAAAGGAAUGGACAAACAACAGUCAUCAGACAAUUCCCAGACAAAAUCAGUGGCCAGUCUUGCCAGCACCAUGGGUAGAAAUAAAGCUAAUGGAAAGAGGAAAGUGGAUGAUUGUUUUUCAUUAACACCAAUAGCCAAACAUGAUGCAGUUGACAUCACUUCAGAAUACCCGGACAAUGCAAAUCUUGACCUUAAAGUCAAAUUGGAGAACAAGGAUCUACAGAAAUCCAAGGAGGUGGAUACAAUCAACAGGAAGGAACAGUUGUGCCAGAACACUUUUGAUGAUGUUGCUGCAGAAAUGCAACAGAGUUGCUGGAAAGGACAUGAAACGAGUAGUGUCUCCACGGAGGGGGAAACCAGUGAAGCCGAGAGUGGAGAAAAUGGCUUGGAACCUGGAGAAGUACCAAGUUUUCCAGAGCAGUUCAUCAGAAGUGUCGAGAAAAAGAAAUCAGCCAAGUGUCGACGACAUCCAUUAUGCAAACCACCAGCUAGAUCCCCUUCAAUUCUAGUCAAACAAGACUUGGUUAGUGAUGAAGAAUUGACUGAUCCAACGUUAAAUGAAGAAGAUGUAAAUGAAACACAGCCUUGGGCCAAACCUCUUGUCCAAUUGUGGCAGAGUAAACUGCACAAUUUCCAAGCAGAGAAGGAAUAUAAUGAAGUCGCCUCGAAAAUGGAACCAUAUUGCGCGAUUUGCUCACUUUUCUUUCCUUAUUACCAGCCUGAUCGACCCUUGGAAAGAAGAUCUCAAAUCAAAUCUGAUUCAGCAGCGGUGUCACCAUCCAAGCAACAUAAAACAAAACCCCUUAUUCCAGAAAUGUGCUUUGCAUAUAGUGAAGAAAGUAACGAAUGUUACCCUACAAAUUCAUUUAUUAAUGAAGAUGGAACUAGUUUGCUGAUAUCCUGUGCAAAGUGCAAUCUACAAGUUCAUGCAAGUUGUUAUGGUGUUCCGUUUCAUGAGAUCCAUGAUGGUUGGACUUGUUCUCGUUGUAUAAUUGGUGCAUGGACUGCAGAUUGUUGCCUGUGCAAUUUGAGGGGCGGUGCACUUAAACAGACUACUGAUAAUAGGUGGGCUCAUGUGAUGUGUGCUGUCGCAAUCCCUGAAGUAAGAUUUGUGAAUGUAGUCGACCGCAGUCCAGUGGAUGUUACCAGGAUACCUUUGCAAAGACUGAAGCUCAAAUGUGUUUUCUGCAGAAAGAGAGUUAAGAAGACUUUGGGUGCUUGUAUUCAGUGCUCAUACGGGCGUUGCCCAACGUCCUUCCAUGUAACCUGCGCCCAUGCAGCAGGAAUCGUAAUGGAAGCAGAUGACUGGCCAUAUGUUGUCCUCAUCACGUGCUUCAGACAUAAAACGAAUACAAGUGUAAAAAACAAAGCUCCAUUCCAAGACUUAGCAAUUGGACAAACAGUCAUCUCUAAGCACAAGAAUGGAAGGUAUUACAGUUGUGGAGUCACCGGAGUUUCCUCUCAAACUUUCUACGAGGUCAUAUUUGAUGAUGGUUCUUUCAGUGAUGACCUGUAUCCAGAAGACAUUGCUAGCAAAAAUUGCUUGGAGCUUGGUCCUCCAGCAGAGGGAGAAGUUGUCCAGGUGAGAUGGACUGAUGGGCUGCUCUACGGUGCUAAAUUCGUAGGAUCAAACAUCAUUUACAUGUACCAGGUUGAGUUUGAAGAUGGCUCCCAACUUGUAGUGAAACGUGACGAUGUCUACACGUUAAAUGAAGAACUGCCGAAACGGGUUAAGUCACGACUAUCUUCAGCUUCAGACAUGCGCUAUGAAGCCACAUUUUCCACCGAGAACAUUCAGGCAAAGAAGCGACCGCGUGUCCUGAAUUACAAAUUCAUGAAUGAGUACGUGGAUGAUCCUGGAUAUCGCACGUUCUUGGGAAACUUCUUCCAAACCCAUUGCCGCCAAGGACAAUAAGGUCAAGCUGACAACCAAAAAGAAAAACUAUUUGAUAAGUCAAAAUAAAUCUCCGACUUGCUUGGGUUACAAUUGUGUAAUACUCAGUUUGUUUAAAAGAAUGAGGGAAUCCAUAAGCUCCUCCCCACCACCCGCUCUGAAGAAUAAAGGGAUGAAGAAAUAUCUGGAUAUUGCUUCUUGGAACAAGGACUUUCUCUGAUGUGAAUGAAUAAUUUUUCAAGUGUCUCAGAAACGGGCUUCAAUUUGGAGCCUUUAAAAAAAAUUAACAUGCUUAAGUGUACUAAAAAUAUUUUUAUACGAUUGCUACAGUUUUGGGUAGCACGUGUUUUGCUUGUUUUUAGCCUUAUAAUUUUGAGACUGUUACUGAAUCACUCUUAUUUGGCUCUUUUGCUUUUAUUCUCCAGACUGAACAAAAGAGAAAGAAACGAUCUAUUGCUACCUGAUAGCAGAUUUUUAUAUGUUUAAUAAAAUAUAGAUAAGUGACAGAUAGUUUGCAAACAAGUACAUUUUAUGUUAUUUGGUACUCUUAUCCGUUAUAUAAAAAGAAAAGGCCAUUUCUAAAUUGUAAAGGACACUUUUCUAUUCUGUAAAGUGAGGGUCCUACAACAUUUUUGAAUGAUCUAUUAAGAGUAUUUUAGCAAGAAGCCUUGCCUUACUUAAUCCUUUGUCUUUAGUUUUUCAGUCAGCAAACUAAUGGAAAAACGAGGUGAUUCCUCCUAAAGGAAAAGGUUUAUACUUUAGGGGCUUAAUUGUAGCAACAAUGUGUGAGGUUUAAAUCAUUUUAAGUGCUCUCUUAAAAACAGGAACUCAUUGCUCUUGUAUUAUAGCUGUUUGGCGUUAUUGUUAUUUUAUGGUUAUUUAAUGUGAUUUUCCUCUUUAAAAACCCUAAAGUUUAUGAAUGGGCAGCAUUGAAUAAAACCACCAGCACCGAA